AUGGUUGCUGACUCGGUUGAACCUGCAGGGACGCAAUCCUGCCCUCCCCCCGAAUUGCCCCAGCUCGUUGCGGAACAGCACACUCCCAUCCCUGCUCAUGACAAAGAGACCCAGCGUCUGAUUGUCGUUCUCUCCCAUGCCAGCUUGGAAACCUAUCGGGCUUCCAGCGGACGCAAUGGUUCCGGUCGUGAUGAGAAGUACUCCCUGCUCAACAGCGAUGAACACAUUGGUGUCAUGCGCAAGAUGAACCGGGAUAUCAGCGAGGCUCGCCCGGAUAUCACACAUCAGUGCCUGCUCACCCUGCUCGACUCCCCCGUGAACAAGGCGGGUAAGCUGCAGAUCUUCAUCCACACUGCCAAGGGUGUCUUGAUCGAGGUGAACCCUAGCGUGCGCAUUCCUCGUACCUUCAAGCGAUUCGCUGGUUUGAUGGUACAGCUGUUGCACCGCCUCUCCAUCCGUUCCACCAACUCCCAGGAGAAGCUCCUGAAGGUCAUCAAGAACCCCAUCACCGACCACCUUCCCCCCAACUGCCGCAAGGUGACCCUCAGUUUCGAAGCCCCCGUGGUGCGCACCCGCGACUACAUCGAAUCGCUAGGCCCCAAGGAGAGCGUCUGUAUCUUCGUAGGUGCCAUGGCCAAGGGACACGAUGACUUUGCCGACUCCUUCAAGGAUGACACGAUUUCCAUCAGUAACUACAGCUUGAGUGCCAGUGUCGCAUGCAGCAAGUUCUGCCAUGCCGCCGAGGAGGUGUGGGACAUUGUCUGA